CGCGCGUUGGCACUGGUGACUGACUGACCGCCGCACGCCAAACACCGGUCUCCAGAGCGCUCACUAGGUCGACCAGCUGCUCAUUUAGCCCUCUUUCUGUCGCUAUUGUAGCGCGACGCGUCGCUAUAUCGCGAUCGCUAGAUCUAGCAAUCUAGCGCUCUCCUAUAGUUCGAAGUCAUGUCCGAGUGCGUCCGGCGCGGUAGGGAAUCGCUCCAUAGAAAACUAGAUUCGUGCGAUACGACGGUGGUUUGAGUUUGUUUUUUUUUGAAUUUUUUAUACGUUAUAACGCACGGCGCAAAAAGUCGGUUCUUUUGGAGAUUCAGAGAGAAUUUUAUUUGGAUGUAGGAUAUGCAAAAUGAUACGCUGUUUUAUUUUGCUGCUCUACGCCUAUGCCGCCCUAGGCAUAGGUUUCGACUCGGGAGGAGGCGAUAGGACAUCCUGCGGCAGGCCCUACAGGGCAGGGCGCCUGUACCAACCCCCAUGCGACCUGGAACGCCUGGGGUACUGCACCCAGGCGGGACAAUUGUACCCUUGGAGAGCCGUCAGACGCUUCGUCAAGGACAACCAGGGGCUCAUGAGGCGGAUGUACGGCGACCAGAGACACGGGCACGUGCUCAGGGCUGAGCUGGAGGAAGAUGACGUCAUUGGGGAUGAUUUUGUUGGAGAUGAGAAGCGUGAGGAGGGAUAUAUACGGUGGAGACCUGAAAGUGUGAGAUUUGCCAGGUAUCAACAUCAUGACGAUAUCAACAAUGAUUUGGACCAUGAUGAAGACCUAGACUUUGAACGACCCUAUGUUGAAGAAGGGCGAUUUCUGCGAGACGAUUCAACAAACGAGGACGUGCUCAACACGAAGUUCGUUGUCUCAGAACAGGAAGCCGCCAUAGCUAUAAAGUUGGCAGAACUGAAAGCUGCAGCUCAUUUCAAGUACGCUAAUCAAAGACCUGCAAUCCCUACACCAAAAGCAACAACACAAAAAACUACACCAAGUAGUACUACUACCCCUAUUUCUAAAACAAAACUACUUCCGAAAACCCAAGAGAAGAACAAUACAAAAGUCUUAAAAAUCAACAAAAUCGAAUCUUUACCAACCCUGGAAGGUUCAAGCAGUACUACUACCCUCGACGAUAUCAACACUACAAAAUGGGGAAACACUAAAGGUACUACCGAAACUACGCCUACUAUUAGUACGGAAGAUUCUACAGUUGUGACAACUGCUAGUAGUAUCACAGAAGAAUUUUCUGAGCAAUCUAGUACAGACGACACUACAACUGACCAUACUACCGAAUGGUCAUCGAAAAAACUCUCUACCAUCACGAGAAAACCAACAAUAACCACUACAAAGCCUACAUCUAUUAAAAUGACGUUGGUCAGCAAUAGACUAAAAGAAUCAAGCGAUUCUACCCAGUCAAAGACCGUAGAAAAAUCUAAAAUUAUUGAUAAAGAGGAAGAUGCAAAAGAAAAUGUUAAAUCACAUGAUGGAAACGUGGAAAGUCUGGAACCUAGUGAUGUCAGCGAUAUCUAUAGUGACGAUGGUGAUUUGAAAACCGCAGAAAGCAGCAAUACGCCAGCUAUGUUGUUUCAGGACAUGGAGGAAGAGACUACUAAGAAUAAAGCCCCACUAGAUUACAGCAACAUGAAAGGAGUAAACGCUUGUCCAGUAAAGGAGGAAGUUGUGGCUCCGUUUUGGGCCAACAACACCAGGGGAGAAGUGUUGGCACUACUGAAUAUGUAUCCUUUUGAACAAUACGUGCACUGGGAGAAGUGCACUUUUGAACACAGACAGAUGUAUUGCAGAGAAGGAUGCCGAUGUGAACAGCAAUACAGACUACACAGGCUUCUAGCUUACGAUCCAAACAACGAAUGCAGAGGAAUUUUCUCAGACUGGUUCCGGUUUCCUUCCUGUUGCGUCUGUAAAUGUUACAAUAUGCCUCCAGAAUUUCGCGUCACAUCUAGAAGCCCUCGGUAUCAGUUCACCAAUCAGGAAGACCAAGAAUCGCAAAAUUAGUUGUUUAGAAUAAAUAAAAACUAUAUAAAUAUCGUUAUUAUUUGAAGUUGUAAGGCUCGUGUUUAUUUUUUAAGUUCCAGAAAGUUGUUAUAUGUUAUAUUGUUUUCUUUUAUAUUAAUUUUAAUGUUAGAACGUAAUAUUAAUAUAUAGAAUUACAAACAGAAUUAUGUAAAUACUAAUAUAAUUGCCUUUAAUCGAUUUUUAUAUGUUCUAGUCUGUAAUUAUU